GCACGUGUCACCUCCACUCCACUCUCCGAAUAUUACUCGAGCUGAAGCGGGAUCUAUUCACACGCACGCGGCGCUGUGGCCACAACCAGAGACUUCACAAAGUCAACAACAAGUCCCAGACGAGACGAGCCUGCGCCUUUACGCACGGGACAAAUACUGGAACAUUUUUGGCGUUGGGACUAGAGGCGCUCUCCGCCGAAGUCGGGCUCUCGUCCCACGCGCUUUUCUGUCUCCGGUGCCUCCUCGAGCUUUGAUUCGACUUUUCUCAACAGCGCGUAAAGUCAGUGAGAUGACCCUGUCUGGAGGCACUGAACGAGCCAGCGACAUGUCCGGCCAGACCGUGCUCACAGCCGACGACGUGGACAUCGACGUGGUGGGCGAAGGGGACGAGGAGAUGCUCCUGGAGCGCGUGGACAGUGAGUGCGACAGUCCCGUGGGCAGAGGCGCCGAGGAUGAGGACGAUGAGGAUGAGAUCGAAGUGGACAAGGACGACAUGAGGUCCGGAGGGGUCAGUCCGUGCUGCGAGAGCUCAGGGGAAGGGGAUGUGAGCGGGAAACCAGAGGACCACAACUCCGGCUCCAUCCAGAAACCCAAGAGCAGUCUCGUGAAGCCCCCGUACUCCUACAUCGCCCUGAUCACCAUGGCCAUCCUCCAAAGCCCGCAGAAGAAGCUCACACUCAGCGGCAUCUGUGAGUUCAUCAGUAACCGCUUCCCUUAUUACAGAGAGAAGUUCCCCGCAUGGCAGAACUCUAUCCGCCACAACCUGUCCCUCAACGACUGCUUCGUAAAAAUCCCCCGGGAACCUGGCAACCCGGGCAAGGGCAACUACUGGACCCUGGACCCGGCCUCCGAGGACAUGUUCGACAACGGCAGCUUCCUGCGGCGGAGGAAGCGCUUCAAGAGAGUGCAGCCCGACAUGCUCCGGGACCAGACCGCGCUAAUGAUGCAGAGCUUUGGGGCCUAUAGUUUAGGAGGCCCAUACGGCAGACACUACGGCAUCCACCCGGCCACAUACCCGCACCCGGCCGCGCUGCAGUACCCGUACAUCCCUCCCGUAGGGCCCAUGCUUCCUCCGGGUGUCCCGCUGCUGCCCUCCUCAGAGCUGAACAGAAAAGCGUUUGGCCCCAGUCUGCAGCUCGCGCAGCAGCUCAACAGCCUCAGCACCGCGUCUUUGAUCAAGUCCGAGCCGUCCUCCAGACCGUCCUUCAGUAUAGAGAACAUUAUCGGCGUGUCCAGCUCCUCUUCCACGGCGGCGGCGCAGGCGUUUCUGCGGCCUCCGGUCACGGUGCAGUCUCUGUCUUUGACUCGGACCUCAGCGGCCAUCGCACCCAUCCUCAGCGUCCCGUCAAAUCUAAUCUCUGGACACGUGCUGCCGUCCGCCACGGCCGCGGUGUCCAAGUGGCCUUCACAAUGACUGAAAGGCACUAAAACAAACUCUUAUUUUUAUAUGAAACAUGAUUCUAUUCUAAAGGAGGAAGAUGCACUAGCAGCACUGGACUCGUGCGCGUAAACACUGGUGUGGACAGACUUGUGUGGACAGACUUGUGUGGACAGACUUGUGUGGACAGGUAACAUGUGUAAAUAUGUAAAGUGACAGACUCUGGUUUGUCUUUUCUGUUUCUGUGAGCGUUUUUGUAUCGGGAGCGUCACUUUCAUAAAGAAAAACCACAGAAAACACCGAAGCGUGUUUAUAGAAA